CCGAAAGGCUAUCGAAAGUUUAGCUAGUCCGACGAUAUGUUCCGAUGCUUUUCUCUAAUGUACGAAAUCAUUUACAAUUUGCAUUGCAAUUCUGCCUCAAUAUUUGGAAAACUUGAUCGUGAAUAUUUGUUGCGCAAUUACCAUUAAAAACCAGUUUUAGCAUUUAAGUGUGAAUAAAUUUUAAAAAUGAAUUCUAUAUUAAUUACUGGAUGCAAUCGUGGUUUAGGUCUCGGUGUUGUCAAGGCACUAGUGAAAUUAUCAAAGCCCCCUCAACACAUUUUUGCAACGUGCAGAAACUUGGAGAAAGCAAAGGAGCUGCAGGACUUAGCAAGAUGUCAUCCUUCAAUUCAUAUUAUGGAGAUUGAUUUGAUGGAUUUCAAAAAAUACGACGACUUAGUGAAGCAAAUAGGCGAUGUAGUACGAAAUGAGGGAUUGAAUGUAUUAUUGAAUAAUGCUGGCUAUGCUCCCAAAUCAACUCGCAUUACUACCGUUAAGUUAAAGGACUUGAUGCUAUCAUUGCAAACUAAUACAAUUGUACCUGUAAUGCUGUCAAAGGCAUGCCUUCCGUUAUUGAAACAGGCAUCUAAGUCCAAUGGAAAAAUGGGAAUGAGUGUUAAACGUGCCGCCAUCAUUAAUAUGAGUUCCAUUCUCGGUUCGAUUGAGGCUAAUACAGAUGGUGCCAUGUACCCGUAUCGUACCUCAAAGGCUGCUUUAAACGCUGCCACCAAAUCGCUGAGCAUUGAUCUACUCAAAGACGGGAUACUUUGUGUGUGUUUACAUCCUGGCUGGGUGCGCACCGACAUGGGGGGCUCCAAUGCCCCUCUUGACGUGCAUACAAGCACUACAAAAAUAAUUGAAACACUCUUUAACUUCAAUGAGGCAAACAAUGGUGGCUUCUUUCAAUACGAUGGAAAAAAACUGCCAUGGUAAAAUGUAAUAUGAAAGAUACAUGUACAUGAACAUAUGUAGAUAUGUAGGCUUGUUACUGUUAUUUUGUUAGAAACCUACCGUUCCAUUGAUUAAAACACAAGAUAUUCAAAACACAUUUUAAGUAAUAGAACCUUACAUAUAGAUGUAUAAAUAACUAAAAUGAAAAUCAGAUAACGUCCAUAAAUAAAGAAAUUGUGCUGCGUACGAAA